AUGUUUCCGUUUAUCCCAAAGGUUACUGUGCUUGGAUGCAUAUCUGGAAAGCCUACUGCAAAUGGUGGAACAUGUGGCAUCCUGGUGGAAUAUUCCCCUAAGCACUACCUCAUUUACGACUGUCCGGAAGGCACUUAUGUCAAGCUCCUUCAGUACAACAUUCUGCUGAGUUGCCUCCACUAUGUUGUGAUAUCGCAUAUGCACCCCGAUCAUAUGGCAGGGCUCCUAACCCUAAUUUCUGGGCUCUCAGAGAUAUGUGGAGGCAGCCUUCCUUCGAUCUACGGCCCCCAAGCUCUCGUCAAAUAUUUGGAGGUGGCUCUUCCACUUACUGACCUUGCAGAAAGGUUUUCGCGUCCCCUAAAGCUUAUUCCCAUUGCUCCAUUUCAGACGUUAUCGAGCGUCAUCACUGCAGAUGGACCUUGGUCAUUUAUUUUCUUUCCGCUUGCACACAGAAUUGAGUGCCAUGGAUUGGCUAUGGUGAGAGACACGUUUUCCGUGUUUGAUACGAAGAAAGCUUUGGACUCAGGUGUUCCUCUGGACAAGCUUCCGGAGCUCAAGAAGACAACUGAGGGAAUAAAGUUUUCUACGGUGUGUCCUCGUUUGAAGAUUAUCCUCUGCAGUGAUAACGACGCCAAGAGACUCCUUGCCGACCGUGCAUACGGAGGCAUCGACGGGGCUACGUUUCUUCAAUUCAUAGACCGGACUGAUCUUCGAAACCCAGACCUUCUCCUCCAUGAAUUUACAUUUACCAAUUAUCAUCAGGAAAAGGCGUCGUUGUAUGGACAUAGUUGCACUACCGCAGUCGGGGAUCUGUGCAAUGAGUUACGCCCAAAACGCGUUCUACUCAACCACUUCAGUGUUCGCUACAAAAGAACGGCCUGCUCAAAUAGGUUUGGCGUAGCGCCCCCCAAAGAGUGCGUCCAGCUCACUGAGUGGCAUAGACUUUUCGGCAAGGUUUAUAGCACGGCCUAUGCAACCGAGGAUAAAGUAUAUCCCAUCGAAUGA